AUGACUUUGACAGUUCAGGCCCUUGAGUCGGUAACCUACAAACAUGGCGUUACUAUGGCCUUCCGGCACCUCUACCGCACCGCGUUAAAAACUGUCCAAUACUCCAGCCCUUCACGCUACGUUAUCCGUUGGGUCCUACGAUCUGCCUUUAGAAAAGGGGCUGAUGUAGACUUCGAUCCGCGCAGAAUUAUUAAUACGCUUCACUUUCUCGAAAACGCGUCUCAGCCUGGAAGCCUUGAGCGCAAGAUCCUAAAGACGCUAACGAUGGUCCGGUAUUGGCAGCAACCACAUAUAGCUUGCAAUUCCCCAAUGAUUAUCGGAAGAAUACCUAGACCCCAGUCGAUUGGUGCGAGACAGUUUAACAGAACCUUGCACUUGUUAAACGAAAGCAUGAACCUUUGUCUCAAGUGA